AAACUUGUAUAUAGGUUGUGCCCAAAAAGAAAAAAAUCAACCUUAGACAUAUACAUAAAACUAUUGGAUAUUAUAGUUAUUGCAAAUCACCAUUUUGUGGUAAGAUUAAGAUCCAAUGGGACAAUAUUCUUAAUUGAAAAACUGGAUUAUCAAACUAUAAAUAGAGCACAAACAGAAUAAGUUUGUAUCUCGAUCUAUCCCAAUAGAAGGAGAAGGGAGAAUCUCUCUUCACCUUCGAUUCAAUCUUUUUGUUUGAGGCUCAAGCUACUAGCUAAAAACAAUGGAGAACGAUCAACAAGGACCCUGCUUGAGAGAUGAGGAUAAGGAAAAGAUGGAGCAAGUGAUCAAGAACAUGUUAAUCUUGUGCGCAGAUAAAUCCACUGCGAUCCACCUCCUCAUGCAGUUCGGAUGGAAACCGCGUCUUGUUGCAGUGCAGCUCGGUGGAAGAAGGGAAGAGUUAUUGGCGGAAUCAGGUUUGAAACCUGUUGUGAUUAAUUCGACUAUAGAUUUAUCUAUAUCAUCUUGUGGUAUUUGCUCUACGACUGAAGAUGAAUAUAUUGAUGAGUAUUAUGAUGAUAACAAUGAUGAUGGUGGUGAUGGUGAUGGUGAUGGUGAUGGUGAUGGUGAUGCGGAUGAGGAUGAGGAUGAGGAUGAGGAUGAUGAUGAUGAUGAGGAGGAUGAGGAUGAGGAUGAGGAUGAGGAUGAGGAUGAGGAUGAGGAUGAGGAUGAGGAUGAUGAUGAUGAUGACGACGAUGAUGACGACGAUGAUGACGACGAUGAUGAAGAGUAUGAUGAAGAAGAAGAUCGUCAUCAUUUCAUCUCCACACCAUAUUGUUCUCACAAGUUCUGCAAAACUUGCUGGAGAGAGUAUCUUAAGAAAAAUUUCUACUCUCUGGAGGAAAACCUCACCGUGAUCUCAUGUCCUGAUCAAGAUUGUGGAGCUUCUGUUGGACCAAAAACGAUUGACAGACUAGGAGUACGUGAUCAAGAGAUGUACGGGAACUAUAUUCUGAGAUCUUACCUUGAGAGCAAGCAGCUCCCUGCACCGGAUUCCAACUAGGCCAUUGACCAAAUUUGAGUUUACUCAAAAAGGAAAAGUUCUUCUUUUAUGAAAUGCAUUGUUAUUCCAUUUUAUGUUUUUUUUUAAUAAUCGAGGAUUUCGAGCUGAUCACUGAUCAGUGUAAUCGAAUCUUCAAAACUUUGUAUAUGAAACAUCAUGUUCUUGCCAUUAUAUAAAAACAUUUAAUUACAGUCAAAUUCCA